UGAACUUGAUAAUUAUUGCACAUUAACAAGCUGCAACCAGCUAUAAAUGGUUGUAACAAAAUCUUCUCUUGCAGCAAUAUAUCAAGCUAAAACAGACUUUGUAGUAAAUGAAAUAGGGCUCCCUCCACUGCAGACAGCAGCAGGUAGAAUGUACUUCAGCUAUUAUACCACUGAAGAAGUAAAGUGCUAAACUAAGUCAGCCACUGGUAAACUCCUGCAGCGGAGAGCAUGCUGUGAAGAAAAGCUGCUUUAUUGAUGCAGUUGUAGUAACACACUGUGUUCUAGUGGAAGUAACGUAACGCCGUUAUCUGUUACAUUAAGUCAUGACUCUCUUUACUAAAUGAAAACUGGAGCCUCCUGGUUUCUUUUUGAUACAUUACCAGUAAUUUUACCCAGUUUGGUCACUUCCAGUAAAAGGAAGAGGCGUCACUUGUAUGUAUAGUUAGAGAUGAUUUGGAAGUGAGAUGAAGCCAAAACAACCAUAGUGUAUUAUCACUAGACUCACAUAUGUCUAGAGAUAAUCUGGUGAUAAUUUACAUAGAGGAGACGGCCAAAUGCUACCAUGGACAUCCAGAUAGAUUUAGUCAGUUCUGUUGUUUUACUCUAGAUGAUCUUUCUUCAUCUUUGUGGUUAAAUGAAGCUUUUAACCAAAGCAGAGACACAGCAGCUCUGCAGUAGAACCAAGACCUGAAGAGACUGAAGAGAUUCUCUGUGUGGGUCAAACAGGACAUUGAUGUGAAGAGCAGAUGUUCAUCUGAUGAUGACAUCACUGUUUAGUCAUCAUCUUUUAGUCUGUUUAUCAGUCUUUAUUAGUCUGAUUUAACUACAACUGAUCUGAUUCUUUCUCUCAUCACAGACUAGUGGGCUGUAGUCUCUCACUGACUGAAUGUGAAGUUGUGGCCUCAGCUCUGAAGUCCAACCCCUCCCUGACUGACCUGGAAAUAGAUGAGAUCUAUAAUGUAGGGCGAACCAUUGGAGACUCUGAGAUGAAGCGUCUCUGUGAGAUCCUGGAGACUCCAUUCUGUAAAGUAAAGAAGCUGACAUUGAUAGACUGCAGUUUGUCAGAGAUCAGCUGUGAACAUCUGGUCUCUGCUCUGAAGUCCAACCCGUCCCAUCUGACAGAACUGGACCUGAGUGACAACAACCUGAAAGAUGGUGGAGUGAAGGAGCUCUGUGGUUUCCUCCAGACUCCCCUCUGCAAACUACAGACACUGAGAUUGAUGAAGUGCAGUUUGUCAAAGAUCAGCUGUGAUCAUCUGGUAACGGCGCUGAAGUCCAACCCGUCCCAUCUGACAGAACUGGACCUGAGGAACAACAACCUGAAGAAGUCAGAUGUUCAGCAGCUGGAGGAUCUUGUAGAGAGUCCAGACUACAAACUGGAGUAUCUGUAAGUAGAUGGUUGGAGUGAGUCCAGCUGCUGUCAGCAGAACUGUUCUGAACCCAGUUGGUACCAAAGCAAAGAUCCAGUGUUUCCAGUAAAGCUGCAGCUUCUCAGUGGGAG